AUUUACAUCAACUGUCCUCCAAGGUUCCAACUCUCUGUCUCUCUCUCCCACCGCCUAUGUGUUUCGAAAAUGAGGGCAACGGCUUUCAACUAUUGCAACCACCCAUCGUUAACCUUCUCUUCCACUCCUUCUUCCCGCCAAUUCUGCUUCCCUAAUCAACCACCAUGUCUAGGGUUCAUAAGCUUCAAAGGCCAGGAAUUGUAUAUAGGGAAGCGCAUACACUCAACUUUUGGAGCUAUAAAUGGAGGCAACAGAGCAACAACGAUGUCGAUUUUGUCAUCAUCAUCGCCAUGGAACGAUAAACCCUACGAACUACUGCCCAGUGGGAAGAGAGCUUACUUGGACGAACAGGACGUUGUCACAUUUCUGGAUCCUUCCAAAGACCUCAUCCCUUUGGACCCCACUUCGUAUAAUCCCGCUGCAUAUCUCUGGAAAAAAAUUAAAGAUAUCCCAGAGGAAAGACGGUAUCGAUUGCUGCACUUGCUAAAACCCGGGCUUAUAUCAAGAGCUUGGGAAAUAGCUGGCACACGAUAUGAGGAUCUUAAUAUAGCAAAGAAAAGUUCAUCUAGCAUUCUGCCUGAUGGAGAUGGUGUGACAUUGCUUGAAUUUUGGAAUUGCAGAACAAGUGAAGGGCCGACGCCGAUUGCUUGGAUGGAGUUCUUCAAGAAGGCUAUAUUUCGUUGCAAGGAUGGGAAGACAUAUGGACGAUUAAUUGGUGGAUCUGUUACAUCUGGAUUUGCAAAUUCAUUUUGUCCAUUGUAUUUCAUGGUGGGAAAAGUUAAUGAAGUGAUGUCAACAGAGCAGCCUUGUGAUUUUGCAUAUGAAUUUGGGGAUGGACUCUUGGAUCUCCAAGAUUAUCCUCAAGGUUUCCCUACACCAGUGAAACAUCCAUGGCCCUUCAGCGAUCAGGUAGUUAUAUACGUUCGUCACGUCGGACCAGGAGUAUUAGUAGGGCAAGCCUGGCAAGAAGGAGAAGCAUUGGAAAAAGUGCCUCAAAAGUUGUGCGGUGAGAUCUUAAUGGUGAAAGAUUAUGCUGCUCUUGUUGAAAAAUCAGUAGAAGAAACUUUUUGAUGUUCUAAACUAUGAGCUUUGUUCAAAGCCAGCUAAUAAGAGUCAUUCAGUCUUUUAGUGUUAGAAUGGUGAAGAGUCUUUGUAUGUCAAAAUUUUAGUGUCAGCUUGCUGAAAUUUUGUAUGUCAAGUCACUGUUUGUUUGUUUGGAUGUAAAAUAUAUUUAUUUAUUUAUUAUUA